CCGAGCGCUGAGCUUCAGCGGCGGAGCUGGACGUGUCCGCGAAGAUGGCGGGCCGGAGUAUGCAAGCUGCAAGAUGUCCUACAGAUGAAUUAUCUUUAACCAACUGUGCAGUUGUGAACGAAAAGGAUUUCCAGUCUGGCCAGCACGUGAUUGUGAGGACCUCUCCAAACCACAGAUACACGUUUACUCUGAGGACCCAUCCUUCAGUGGUUCCAGGAAGCAUUGCAUUCAGCUUACCUCAGCGAAAAUGGGCUGGACUUUCUAUUGGGCAAGAAAUAGAAGUGUCCUUAUAUACAUUUGACAAGGCCAAACAAUGUAUUGGCACAAUGACCAUUGAGAUCGAUUUCCUGCAGAAGAAAAGCAUCGACUCCAACCCUUAUGAUACUGACAAGAUGGCUGCGGAAUUUAUUCAGCAGUUCAACAACCAGGCAUUCUCAGUGGGACAGCAGCUUGUUUUCAGCUUCAAUGAAAAGCUUUUUGGCUUACUGGUAAAGGAUAUUGAAGCCAUGGAUCCUAGCAUCCUGAAGGGAGAGGCUGCGACAGGUAAAAGACAGAAGAUUGAAAUAGGACUGGUUGUUGGAAACAGUCAAGUUGCAUUUGAAAAAGCAGAAAAUUCAUCACUCAAUCUUAUUGGCAAAGCUAAAACCAAGGAAAAUCGCCAGUCUAUCAUCAAUCCUGACUGGAACUUUGAAAAAAUGGGAAUAGGAGGCCUGGACAAGGAAUUCUCAGACAUUUUUCGACGAGCAUUUGCUUCCCGAGUAUUUCCUCCAGAGAUAGUGGAGCAGAUGGGUUGCAAACAUGUUAAAGGCAUCCUGUUAUAUGGGCCCCCAGGUUGUGGUAAGACUCUGUUGGCUCGACAGAUUGGCAAGAUGUUGAAUGCAAGAGAGCCCAAAGUGGUCAAUGGACCAGAAAUCCUUAACAAAUAUGUGGGAGAAUCAGAGGCUAACAUUCGUAAACUCUUUGCUGAUGCUGAAGAGGAGCAAAGGAGGCUUGGUGCUAACAGUGGUUUGCACAUCAUCAUCUUUGAUGAAAUUGAUGCCAUCUGCAAGCAGAGAGGGAGCAUGGCUGGUAGCACAGGAGUUCAUGACACUGUCGUCAACCAGUUGCUGUCCAAAAUUGAUGGGGUAGAGCAACUGAACAACAUCUUAGUCAUUGGAAUGACCAACAGGCCAGAUCUGAUAGAUGAGGCUCUCCUUCGACCUGGAAGACUGGAAGUUAAAAUGGAGAUAGGCUUACCAGAUGAGAAAGGUCGACUACAGAUCCUUCAUAUCCACACUGCAAGAAUGAGAGGGCAUCAGUUACUCUCUGCUGAUGUAGACAUUAAAGAACUGGCUGUAGAGACUAAGAAUUUCAGCGGUGCUGAACUGGAGGGUCUGGUGCGAGCAGCACAGUCCACUGCUAUGAAUAGACACAUAAAGGCCAGUACUAAAGUGGAAGUGGACAUGGAGAAAGCAGAGAGCCUGCAGGUGACAAGAGGAGACUUCUUUGCUUCUUUGGAGAAUGACAUCAAACCAGCAUUUGGCACAAACCAAGAGGAUUAUGCAAGUUAUAUUAUGAAUGGUAUCAUCAAAUGGGGUGAUCCAGUUACUCGAGUUCUAGAAGAUGGGGAACUGCUGGUUCAGCAGACUAAAAACAGUGACCGCACACCAUUGGUUAGCGUCCUUUUGGAAGGCCCUCCUCAUAGUGGGAAGACUGCUUUAGCUGCAAAGAUUGCAGAGGAAUCCAACUUCCCCUUCAUCAAGAUCUGUUCUCCUGAUAAGAUGAUUGGCUUUUCUGAGACAGCCAAGUGUCAGGCCAUAAAGAAGAUCUUUGAUGAUGCAUACAAAUCCCAGCUCAGCUGUGUGGUUGUGGAUGACAUUGAGAGACUGCUUGAUUAUGUUCCUAUUGGCCCUCGAUUUUCUAAUCUGGUGUUACAGGCUCUCCUUGUGUUACUGAAAAAGGCACCUCCUCAGGGCCGCAAGCUUCUUAUCAUUGGGACCACUAGCCGCAAAGAUGUCCUUCAGGAGAUGGAAAUGCUUAACGCUUUCAGCACCACCAUCCACGUGCCCAACAUUGCCACGGGAGAGCAGCUGUUAGAGGCUUUGGAGCUUUUGGGCAACUUCAGGGAUAAGGAACGUACCACAAUUGCACAGCAAGUCAAAGGGAAGAAGGUCUGGAUAGGAAUCAAGAAGUUACUAAUGUUGAUUGAGAUGUCCCUACAGAUGGAUCCUGAAUACCGUGUGAGAAAAUUCUUGGCCCUCUUAAGAGAAGAAGGAGCUAGCCCCCUUCACUUUGAAAAUGGACUGUUUGCAAACACACAGUGACCAAGGGAAGUGACCAAGGUGAAGAUGGCUUGUGAUCUUCACUCUAUUUACUCAAGAUACUGGACUACCUUCAACACGUGCUCACUCUGCAUGAUUAGUGCAAUAAAACUCCCUUCCUUAUGCUUUGA